AUGGCUAGAUCCUCUUACUCGGACGAGCACAUUGCAUCUCGGAGGGACUCGGCCUACCCCACGCCGCGCGAGCCCUACGGCUACCCGACCUCAUCCGCGCGAGAGUCGAGAUGGGACGUCGCUGAAUAUUCUCUCAGGCCGACCGCAAGGGCCCACGACGCCCCCUCAUCAUCGUCAAGAGCCCGCUCCCGAUCGCGCUCCCGCUCCCGCUCCCGCUCCCGCUCAGCCAGACCGCCCCCGUCGCGCGACAUGCAUCGCAAGAAGCGACGCAGCGGCGGCGGCGCCUCGUCGUCGCCGACGGAACCCCCGGCCGCUGUCGUCCCCGGCAACGCCUUCUCUCCCUCGGCCAUGAUCAACAACCUCCAGAGCGCCUUCACCGCGUUCCAGUCCAUGCCCCAGCUCUCCUCGUCGUCCUUCGAGCUGGGUCCGCUGCCGGACACCCCCGUGACGAACCUCAUCAACCCAAAGAACCUCACGCCGCCGCCCUCGCAGGCCGUCCUCCACGACCGUCUCGCCACGAACCUGCCGCGCCACAGCAACGUCUACCUCAUUCUUCUGGUCGGCACCCUCCUGGCGACGCACUGGCUCGUCCUCGCCGCCCUGUUCGGCGUCGUCAAGUUCGGCUUCUUCAUCCAGUCCUACAACGGCCGCGACCUCGCCCGUGACCUGGGCGUGAGAAAGUACGCCUCCACUCAGAGCAUCAUGUCUGGCUUCGCCGCCGCAGCCGCCAUCGUCGGCCUGUGGGCCUUUUCCUCGCUGUUCAGUGUCGUCUUCACCCUCGUCAAGGUCGCCGGCCUCGUCCUCGUGCACGCUGCGUGCUUCGAUGUCUCGGCGGCCCCGGCGGCACCGGCGGCUGGUCCUACUGCUGCUGCUGCUGCUGCUGCGCCGGCGCCCUCGCCCGUCCCGGCACAAGGGUUCCUGAGGCCGCACGCGGCUUGGGGCCAACUCUCGCGCGAGGCAGCCAACGUUGCCGCGCAGUUCAGGUCCGCAAGCGAGGGGCAGCUUAGGUCCGCGAGCGAAACCAACCUCAGCGCGCCGUACCCAAGUGGAGGGGAGGCUAACGGGUGGUACGCUGGUGAGGGAUACACAGGUGCCCCAGGGCAAGAGACGUACACUGAGAUGCCCCUGACGCCGCGCACAUACGAGGCCUACGCUCCCGCGCCCAGCCCGCGCAGGGAGGAGCGCGACGGUGGCGACCUGGCGUAUGGGUAUUACGAGCCUGGGCGGCCGCAGAGCUACGCCUCGGGGAGAUCGUACUGA